GAAUUAUAUAAAAUUAGCUAUUGUUUUGUCUGUCUGUUAGAGAGAGAACAAUUAGAUGGACAUACAAAGCUAAUUUAGCAUAUGAAAACCUCUCAGCUUUUUCCUUGCCUCCUUCCUUCACAAAUAUCACAGCCUGUCAAAAUUAGCCUUUAAGAACUAUUUAACUUCCAUCACUAUAUAUUAUUUGUUUAUUAAUCCUUUUUAAUUUAAGCAUUUCCUUAGCUGUGAAUACCCCAUUAUCCCUCUCUCCUUCUCUUUCCUUUCUCUCUGAAUAUCUCUCUAUCUCUUCUUCCACACAGCUUUAGUCCUAUAUUUGAUUGUUGACAAAACAAAGCCUAUAGUAAUCUCUCAGCUAUUGGAUUAUGCUUUGAAGCUAAAUUGGUAAAGAAGCAUAUAGUAAGGUAAGUGUGCGUCUUGAAGAAUUUCUCUUAAGUGAGUUUUGUGGCAUGAGUAUAGAACAUGUGAUCAAUGAGCUUCUUUGGAGAAAAUCACAGCUUGACCACUCUUCUUUUCAGGUAAUUUAUAUAGAAUUUCUUUAUAUGUAUUCGUGUAUAUAUGUCCAUAAACAGAUUCCGGAUAUUGCUGGUGCUUUCUAUUUAGAUAGAUAUAUUUUCUAUAUAUGUAUGUGUGUGACUGCGUAUAAGGAAAAAAGUCACAAAUUUGGCUUUUUUCAGUUGAUUGAAAUUUUAAUACCUCAAGUGUAUAGAGAGAGCUAAAAUAAUUUUUUGAUAGCGAAAUAGAUAUUUUGUCUAGAAAUAUACACACAUACAUUAGGAAAAAAAAAAGAACGUUUUCUUUUAACCAAUUUUAUUGUCCUUGUCUUAUCCUAUUGGGUAUCUAAUUUGGUUCUCUACAAUUAUAGCUAAAUAGACAUGAUCUUUUCAUGUCUUUGUGUACUUGUGAGCGUGUGUAUAAUAGAUACGUAAGUACAUGUGUCACAUAUAUUUAUAUUUAUUUAUUUAUAUGUUUUAGAAAAAAAGAUAGGAAACAAGUAUAAGUGGAAAUUUAGGUGAUAUAGUCCUCUCCGCAUGAAUGCGAAAACAUAAUGAACGAUGUGACCAAUUUAUAUACAUUAUGUAAUUAAUUCCAAUUUUAAUAGAAAAGAAACUUAGGUGAUACAGUCUUCCUCGCAUGAUCAUCAAUUUACACUAAAUAGUUAAAAUUCCUAUUUGUUGACUUUAAAUUGACUGCUCGACCAGUGUUUGUUGUUGCUUUUUUCCAUGUCUCUAUGACUCUAUCUUAUUAUGUUAAUCAUUCUCAUAUCUUUAACUUUAACCCACAAAAAAAAAAUCAUUCUCAAAUUCUAAAUAAGUCAUGCUUAUCCAUAGAAAAGGAAACAAAAUCGACAACUUGUUUUUUUUCCAACCUUCACCACAUAUUUUAUAUUUCUUGCAAUUUUACAACUCAAAUCAUUCUAUUUUAAACUUUAGUAGAGAAAAUGAUAUUAUUGUACUAUACCGCAUCAAUUAUUUCACUGAUUUGAAAAUAAAGUAUUAUUUCCGAAUGCUUACUGCAGAAGAUAUCCUAUCUAAGUAUUUUUACAUCAAUAUUUUACUAUAACACAAGAGAUAAUUUAGAUAUUUUGAAUUGGUUAUGAAUGUGGAUAAAUUCAAAUAGAAAAGCUUUGUAAUGUUAUCUUACUAAAACAAGCCGUGUCUAGUGUUGUCAUGCUUGGCUCUACUUCGAUUUGAUCUGACUAAUUAGCUAAUUGAAAAUAAUUAAUCAUCUUCCAUCUCUAUGAUUAAUAACAAUAAUAAAGAAAUAAAAUCAUAAAUCCAACAAUUUGUGGUCUAACUAGUUCUAUCCAUUGAUUUAGUGAACAUAAAGACAUUUGAUUCGAUUUAAAAAAAAAAAAAAUACUUGGCUUUAAGACAAAACACCAUGAGAUAGAGAAUCUAAUCAAAUUCAAAAGUGUGUCCCACUAGUCAACCUUCUUUUGUCUAUAAACCCCUCACUUCACGAACUAGUGGCUUCUGACGAUUACUCCAUCAAUUUCAUACUCACAUGUAUACAUACACAUACACACAACACUCACUCACAUAUACAAUUUAAGUAGAGUUAGGGUUUUCUAAUGUGUUUCAUCACUCAUCAAAUGGUUAUGAAACUAUAUGACUACGUUUCAGGCAUGGGAACAAAGAUCGUUGAGCGAAUUACUACAAACCAAAGUGGCUUAAAGAGUGUUGAUCAUAGUGGGUUCAUCAGAUUUGUUGUUAAUGGUCGACAAGAAUCGUCAAAGGAGACGUUGACAGACGAGGAAGAAGAAGGAGUUUUUAUUUUAAGGUCAAUGGAUAGGUUUCUUGAAAAGCAAAAUGCUGAAUCCAUCAGACAUACAAUGCAAGCCCAAGAAGAUAUUUUUAAGCAACAGGUACGAGAGCUACAUAGAGUAUAUAAUACACAGAAAAUGAUGAUGACUCAACUCAAACAUAGAAGCCAAUAUUGGACUGUUAACAACAAAGACCAACCCGGUUCAAGAGAGAGAACCGGAAGUUGUUCAGGCAUAGACCUCGAAAAUGUGGUUAGAGCAACACAAACGACGACGGAUCAUAUCGAAGAGAGCGAACUCGAAUUGACAUUGAGCAUUGGAUUGUCUUCUUCAUCUACUACUAUGACCACGACAACGAACAAGGACAUGGACUACUCGUCAACAACGUCAAUGAGAUCAUCAUCGGAUAAUUGUAAUAAUCAGAGCAAUAAUAAUCUAUAUAAUAACAGCAAUAAUAACCAAGAAAGUAGCGGACCAAACACGCCUAUGAGCAGCUCAAGUACGACGUCGUUGGAUCGAGAGAAGAAGAGACCUCAUUGGCUCUUUCAAGGACUUAGUAUUAACCGAACCUCUUCUUGAUUUUUGUUAAUUCACUGACUCUUUCUUUUUUCUUCUUCGUCUUCUUCUUGAUUUUUUUAUUUUCUUUUUGUAUCUGAUUUAUCGUUAUUAUUAUUUACGAGAUUUACUGAUUUCACUUUUAGCUAGGUCUAAUUAUUCUUCUUCGUUAACACUGAUAAACCAUUGACAAAAUAUACCAAUGUUUUCUUUAUAUUUGGUUGCUUA